AUGGGUAUUCCCUUUAUCACAGAAUAGAAAUUGGUUAAAACACAAGAGAAACUCACUCUUUAGAAAUGCAAAAUUACAUUCCCACUCCAUUUUUAGAUAGUUAAGAUGCUGCAAAUAACACAUGAAGAAAACCAAAUAUAAACCUAAGUCGUUUCAAAAAUACACUCAUUAUUUAUUUAAAAAAUUUAAUUUUAAAAUCUACUCAUCUUCUUUCAUUCAUUCAUUACUAAAUAAAUCUUUAAAUUUAUGAAACCUAAUUAAUAAAUAACUCAAGAAGGUCAAUCAAUAAAUUUAAAAGUUAUUUAUUAAAUAUAGCUAAGCAUUUGUAAAAUAAACAAGCUAAAUUUUCUUAUAAAGAUUAAAUGUAAUAAUCUCUGGUUUUAUAAUUCAAUAUUAUAAAAUAUUUCUCAAGUAAUAAUAAUUAUAAUAAAAAUUAGUAAAUUAAAAUAUAAUUUAAAUUCUCUUUAUCUAUCUUUUGUUGUUUUUAUAUAUGCAUACAUAUUUUUUAUUGACCAAAAUUGA